GCGAAGUCGUACACGCCCAAAUCGUCCCUAAAUGUAACAGCAGCAGAGAGGAUAGGAUAGGACUGCGCUAUGCUUUACUUACUUUCCGGCAGGAGGCAUCCAGCGCGGUUUAAACAUCACUCGUGUUACUCAAAAGCGAAGAACAAAACGGGUUUUCGUCUUUUAUGAUGAACCAUGGAAAAGCCGACACCAUCCGUCUGGUCUUUUUGAGGCGAAAGGCCUAAAUUAUUUUCAUUUUAUCGCCUCUGGAUCAAUUUCAUUGGGCUGAUGCGGGCAUGGCAAGUCUCAGCUUUUUUAUACAAACCGGCUCCGUAUGAAGAAUAUAUGAAGUGAACGGUUAAACCGAAACCUGCUAACAUAUUUCUAUCAGUGCGCUUACGAGAGCUGCGUCCACGAUAUGAAGAACAGUUGUUGACUGAAUAGGUCUUGAGUAUGUUUUUUGGACUCAUUUUCUAACACCAAAACGGGACUAUAUUUAUACAAUCUUGUUUAUAAAGUGUUUUUAAACGCAUAUUGAUGCUUAAAUUCUCGCAUCUUCAUCUACAAGUCGGAGGUGAUGAAAUCAGCUGACCACCACCACACCAUUGAAAUCGUUACAUUUAAAGAUACAUCCCAGAGUAAUAAACAGUGAACUUUUUGGAGAUCCAUAUAUUUGUUUCCGUGUCAAAAGUCCUCAAUAGUAAGGAUAAAAGAAGAGAAGAUCUUGGGAGAUGUCAGGCCGGCCUAGGACCACCUCAUUUGCCGAGAGCUGCAAACCAUUGCCGCAGCCUUCAGCCUUUGGCAACAUGAAAGUCAGCAGAGAUAAAGAUGGCAGUAAGGUCACAACGGUAGCCGCUACCCCCGGUCAGGGUCCCGACCGACCUCAGGAGGUCAGUUAUACGGACACGAAGGUCAUCGGGAAUGGCUCGUUUGGGGUCGUAUAUCAGGCAAAGCUUUGUGACACUGGAGAGAUGGUGGCUAUAAAGAAGGUUCUGCAGGACAAAAGGUUUAAGAAUCGUGAGCUACAGAUCAUGAGGAAAUUGGACCACUGUAACAUUGUGCGUCUGCGUUACUUCUUCUACUCCAGCGGAGACAAAAAGGAUGAGGUGUAUCUGAAUUUGGUGAUGGAUUAUGUUCCUGAAAACGUCUACAGGGUGUCUAGACACUACAGUAGAGCCAAGCAAAGUCUGCCUAUGGUUUAUGUGAAGCUGUAUAUGUACCAGUUGUUUCGGAGCUUGGCGUACAUUCACUCAUACGGGAUCUGUCACCGUGACAUCAAACCUCAGAACCUCCUGCUGGACCCGGAGACGGCCGUAUUGAAGCUUUGUGACUUUGGAAGUGCUAAGCAGCUGGUGCGUGGGGAGCCUAAUGUUUCCUACAUCUGCUCGCGCUACUACAGAGCCCCUGAGCUCAUUUUCGGAGCAACAGACUACACUUCCAGCAUAGAUGUUUGGUCAGCGGGUUGCGUUCUGGCCGAACUGCUGCUGGGACAACCUAUAUUUCCUGGUGACAGUGGUGUGGAUCAGCUGGUUGAAAUCAUAAAGGUGUUGGGUACUCCUACACGAGAACAGAUCCGUGAGAUGAACCCAAAUUACACAGAGUUUAAGUUUCCACAAAUAAAAGCACAUCCGUGGACUAAGGUUUUUCGGCCCCGCACCCCUCCGGAGGCAAUAGCACUGUGUUCGCGGUUGCUGGAGUACACGCCAACGGCCCGCUUCACUCCUUUAGAGGCGUGCGCUCACACGUUUUUCGACGAGCUUCGUGAGCCCAACCUAAAGCUUCCCAAUGGGAGAGAAAGACCUGUGCUGUUUAAUUUCACUACACAGGAGUUGUCCAGUAACCCAUCGCUGACCUCGAUGCUCAUCCCGCCACACGCUCAGAACCAGGUGGAAAACUCUGCUGCCUCGGUUGCGACAGGUGCCAACAGUGGCGAUCGUGGUCCAAACGCCAACGCUGCCUCUGCCGCCCCCAAUCCUUCGACUUGAACCCCAGCCACCCAUCACUGGGUCGAUUUUAUGCUGCUGCUUAUUAACCACGCCCACUCGCCAGAGUCCAGGGCGUGGCUAAAAUAUAAAAAGCUCAUAUGAUGGACGCACCCUGGUCAUUUUUUUACUUUACUUUAAUUAUUAUUUUUUAUUUAUUUGCUGUAAGGGACAGAAAUGAGGGCUUGGAGACAUCACCUCAGGACUAUAUGUGGUGAUGUUAUGAUUUUAGAUAUAAAUAUACACACAGUUAUAACAAAUAUGCAUAUAACUGUAUAUGUAUAUUGUUAUACCUACAAAUAUGUCUUUACAAGUCUACUUAGACAUUUUUAAGUCAAAUCUGUAGCUGUUGCCCUUUUAUAACCAUACCAAGAGCUGAAUCCAUCAUUGGCCCUUUCCUGGUGACCUCGCCAGUACCUGGCUGGCAAACGCAAGGAUGGGUUUUCUAUGACUGUGCUUUUAAAGAGGUAAUACAGACGGCUCAGGUCGGACCUAGAGCUUUACCAGAAAGAUUGGGCCAAAACUAUUAACCAAUCCCAGAGCGGUUCAACAUCAAGGCUUGUGUACAUUCAGUAGAUUAUGUGAAAUACGUACUAAUGACUUUGGCCUUCAGUUAUGGUUGGAUAUGUUGUGUGCUUAAAUUGUAUGCUGCUGUGUCUUUCAAACCACGUUUCCUCUCUUCCACCUGCCUGUCUUCCUCCCUACUUCCUGUUGUAUAGUCAUGCCAUACCUCAUCGAUUUCGACCUACACACAUAAUCUCGGAUGAUUUUCUGCGAGCGAGUGUGUGCGAGCAUGCCGUACGACUCUAUAAAUGCUGUAUAUGCUGAUUCUCGAACUGUUUGUGAGCUAAAAGAAUAAUAGCACGAAUAUGAUAAUCAGGAUUAAACACGGGAACAGGUUUUUCUUCUUCCUCAUAGGGCUGACUUCAAAUCCCAGCUACAAUGAUGAUGUCACAGCUUGUACUCUCUCGACUGUGUCACUUUGUGUUUUGACAUUUAACAGGAGUGACGCGGAUCCGUAUGCACUCAGUAACCAUAAGGACUGUUCAACCACAAAAAAAUCAACACAUUGACGACAAAUCACCUAAUAACAGCCUAUUUUGAGAUCUCUGAAGCACCAUAGCAUCAUUUUCUUGUGCUUUUUCUAUAUCAUUCUCUUUGGCGCCCUCUUGUGUAUGUGGAAGUAUAUUACUGCGAUUAAUGUCACCACUGUUUUAUUUAUUUUCCUUGUUGACACAAACACCUUAAGUUGUUUAUUUUCUCCCAAUACUGCUUUUUUAUCGCUGUUAAACCCUGCAAAUCGUGGUUACAUACUGUAAUCGCCAAACCUAGGUAUUGUAUGAAUAUUGAAUGUGAUAUGGUAUGAACGUACUAAAAGUAUAAGUAUAGUUAAGUAUUAAAAUACUAAUUUGUUUGAAUGAUCUAUGCUUGACUAAUAAGAUCUAAGAUUUUAAUGUCAGCUAUGAGCUCGUGCUCAGGUUAAAGGGAUAGUUCACCCAAAAAUGAAAAAUUUGUUAUUUACUCAUUUUUUUUGUUCUGAUGAACACAGAGGAAGAUAUUUGGGGAAUGUUUGUAAAUCGAUCAUUCGCCCCAUUCAUUUCCAAGAAUACCCUCAAAGUGAAUGCGGCUUAUGGUUCCAAACAUUUCUCAAAAUAUCUUCCGCCAUAUUCAUCAGAAUAAAUACAUUUAUACAGGUUUGUAACAACAUAAGGGCGAGUAAAUGAUGACAUAAUUUUCAUUUUUGGGUGAACUAUGCCUUUAAACUUUUACUUUUAACUUGAAGUAAGGCUUAAAGGAAGGACAUUGUCUUAUCCACUUACUUGAUUUUGUAUGUCUUUUAAACGUAAUUGAUGACAUCUUUUAGGGGUGUAUAUAUUUAUUGUGUUUUGCUUUUGUAUUAUUUUAAAGAGAAACUAACGUCACGCGUCUGCAGUAUUAAUUAAAUCAUAAGCGGCAUUUUUUUUUUUUUUUUUGCGGGGGUCCCAAAUCACUUCCUCAGCACUUAAAGGGAUUGAUGUCAUUUAGCACUGUAAUUUUGGUUAAACUAUCCUUGUUGAAGUGUAUACAUACAAUUUUAUAUAAUUAUAAGAAUAUAAUUUUCCUCAGCGAGUCGCGUCUUUAAAGUGGCAAGAUAUAAGAAACUAUGAAGAGUUUGGUUCUAAAACGAGAUAACUCAGUCUAUUAUUAAGUUAUCAUGUUUUUAUUGUGCUACUUAGCUGUAUUUUUUAUGAAUGCUUCAAAACAAACCAACUGCAGUUUUAUUGAUAUUAAUUGGAAUGCACAUUCAAACAACGAGAUAUUUUUUUUUAAACUGACUAUCUUGUUUUUGAACCAAACUCUUUAUAUUGAAAUAUUCAUACAAAUGUAGGCCUUUAUGGUUCAGAGCUGUUUGUAGCCAUGUUAUCCACCCAACAACGAACAAAACAACUACAACAGUGCUGUACUUGAAUGACUUUUGUUUCAUGUUUUCUUAUCUCUGUUUAAUUAUGCUACUUGUACAAACUCAAUGUGCAUUCUGUCCUCUGUGUUCUGGUUCACCCGGUACUGUACUGCAUUGAAUAAAGAGUAGGUUAGCCUUCACAACAUCAAA